CCUUUUUCCAGGAGUGGUAGCGGUCCAGGCGCUACCAAGUCCCGGGAGGGGGAUCCGGUGAGCUGAACCCCAUAAUUAAGGCGGGUAAAGAGCGGAGGAAACAUGGCAACUCCACAGAGCCAUACAUGGCCCGUCCUCCUGUAGGGGUGUGUGUGUUACCUUAGUCUGUAUUAACGGACGUGCAGAAAAAGGCUCCCCACAGCGCCGGAGAUGGUUCCGUCCACGGCGUCUGGUUACCAGGCAACGGGAUCCUGAACUGCAGAUUCCGACAGGCGAGUCGAAGCCCGGCUGGUUGUCUUCGUGCUUUGGCCAUGUCGGUGCUUUCUCAUCCCUGCUGUGCCACCUUACCUUUGUUUGGUGAUCUCCAAGACCAGAAUGUCACCUUUGUGGUCAGUAUGUUGGAAGGCAUGUCCUCCAAGCAGGAUUUUCUGAAGGAGCAUCUCAUAAAGACUCUCUUUUCGAUGGCCAACAGUCCAACAGAGUCCACAUUCAACAUCAUAAGUUUUGCCAGCAAGGUGGUAAAAUGGUGCACUAGUUUGGUCAAAUGUUCGCUCAGUAACAUCAUUGAAGCAACUGCCUGGAUUAGAGCUCUGCAGUGUGGGAAUGGCGCAGAUGCUGUGAGUGCUUUGGCUAUGGCAUUUGAAGAUCCCACCUGCCAGGUGGUAUACUUGGUCACUGAUGCACUCUCUGAGAGUGCUUCAGAGGAAAUCUGUAGCCUUCUUGCAGAGACUGGCGAGGAACGCCCAGUGCACACUGUGUACUUGGUAGAAAAGCCAGGUGACUGUGAAAGCAGCACACAAAAAGAAAUGGAGAAAGUAGCCAAACGGUCUGGAGGAUCCUUUCAGGUGAUCACCCUGCACCCUUCUAGAGCUUCAGAAGAGGUAAACCCAGGAUGCACCUCAAGCAUCCACUGUUGCAAUGCUAUCAGUAAAUACCCCUCUUGUUCUCUGCUGAUGGGUAUUCCCAAAGCACACUUUCCUGUGUACGUCUGUGCAAAUUCCCCUACUAUACCUCUGACAACCUUGACAAAGAGAGAUUUAAUGGACUGGUCCCCAGAGGCUCCCCAUUUGCUGAGAGGGGCCCGAGUCCUGGCUAGGAGAGAGACUGAUGGAUAUUAUUAUCUGGGCCACAUUGCACAAGAGGUGAAGGGCUCCAGGGAACGUUUUUUAAUCGAGUUUGAGAGAAGUCGGUUGCUGAAAGGCAAGGUACAGUUUCGUAUGCAAGAAACACCGCUCUAUGACAUUAUCCACUAUGAAGAUGCCAGGCGACAGCCACUAGCUCCAGGAGACAGAGUCUUGGCACCAUGGGAGGCUAAAGGUGAACGAUAUGGCCCAGGCACUGUACUAAAAGCUGCAGAGAGCAGUGAAGCACAGUUAGCCAAUGAAAACAGCGGAGUGCUGGUGAAUUUCUGGAAUGGUCAGACUAAGAAGGUGUCCUCUGAUUUAGCUCUAAGGAUCCCUCUGCCCCUGAGUGAACGCAUCAUCCUGGAACUUCAGAUGCCAUUAGUAGCCAGGCAAAUGUUGGUGGACUCAAGCUCAGACUAUCCCUACAUUGUGACACCUGGUUACAGAGCUUCAGGGCAUGGCAGACAGGAUCACCUAGAUCCAGUUUGCUGGCAGGGUUCCACACAGAUUCAGUCAUGUCCUAACUGCAGCUCUGGAUGUUCCUCACUUUGCCAUUGCUGCCUUGGAGCCUGGGUGCCCAUCAGGCCCACAGUGAACAGAGCACAACCAGAAGAUGUCCUGAUCCCAGGAACAAGCCUGACCAAAGAAGAGCUGAGCAGGAAGAUAGAAGAACAGCUGUCUAAAGGGAGAGUCCCCAUUUCAGAAAGGGUCUUCAAAGAGGAAGAUAAAAAGGAAAAGAAGAAAGAAAAUGUCCCUAAAGAUUUAGGAUCCUGUGUGGAGAUAGGAAACAAGGUUACAGAACCCAAGAAGAGCCCUCAGAAGGAGAUGACUUCAACACGUUUGAUGGGAGGUGCUCGUGCCAUGGUAGAUAUUGCUGUGCACCCAGAUACCUGCCUAACGGAGCCAAUGCACGAUGACAAAGAAGAGAGCAGACACUAUGGGGCUGAUCCCGACUCUCUUCUGAAGAAUGAACCUGCUCUUUUUCAGUCCAGCAUGAUAGACGCUCCAGCCCAGCAUCCCCCAAGGAACCCUCCCGUGAAAGCACAAGCUUUCAGCACUUCCAGUCUCCAAGCUAUGUUUGACCGAGUGGAUCAAUCACUGAAGAAAGACCGCUUGACCAUUGAAUCAGUUCUGCGUAUACAGAGACCCCACAGUGCUCCGAGUACACAGAAAUCAGUCACCAAAGGUGCAACUCAAGAGAGCCUGAGAAUGAUGAACUUCAACACAGCCAGGAUUGAGCACAGAAGGCAGCAAGAGGAGCUGAGGCAGCAGAAGAGGGAACAAAAGCAAGAGGCAGAAGGCCUCAAACGCCAGUUGAUGCACGACAGCAGGCGAGAGAGGUCUCUUCAGAGGACACUGCAAAGCUUGGAGAAGCAGCUGGAGUACAAUAACAUGGCCCGCCAGCACAUGGCAAAGCUCCAGACUGCCAGGGCAGAGAGGAGCAGAAAGGAGUCCUCCUUGCAGGAAGAGGAGAAGAGAAAGGAGUGUCAAAGGCUGCAGUUCUUAAAGGCACAGCACUUGCAGAGAGAGGAGUUGCAGGCAGAAUACAACCAGAGGAACUAUGACCAAGACAAAAAGAGGCAGGAUAUGCUGAGGAGCAGAAUGCAAUCCCGGCAGGAGACCUUAGAACGAGAAAUCCAGGAGCAGGACACCCAGCAGAGGAAGCAUGAAGAUGCCAAAUGGAGAGCAUUCCAAAAUCGGGAUCAUUUCCAACAGAAGCUGGAAAAGGAGUGCCAAAAACAUUAUCACCUCCAACAGUACCUCAGAGAGCAGAAACUUUUGAUGCUCCGGGCCUCGCUGCUGUCAUAAAAAGACUGUCUUCUACGUACGAGUCCGUGUGCUGGGGCCUAGGAAAUGGUGUUAUUGAAACAAGCAGAAUUAUUAUUAUUAGAGCUAUUUGAUAUCUCCCCCUCAUCACAGCUAGAGGGCCUUUUCAGGUAUCUGUCGCUUACAGGCCUUUCUUUUUGGACAGUCUAACACAACUAUUCAAUGUUAAGACUCCCAGCCAGCUGUCUAGCUUCCUUCUGCCUUAUGUGCUACAUGUGUAGUAGUCUAGCAGAUGGAUGCAGCCCAGGUCAGGGCUAUGGAUGAUAAUGCACAGGAAACGAGAGAGGAAUUUGCAGUGUGAUUUGCCAGCGCAAAAAAACAGCGCAAUGUUGAGCUUCAGACACAGGCAUCCCAGGGAGCAGGAAGGUGAGAGGCCCUGCCUGUGGGACUCCAAUGAGAGCAUCCCUGCAAUAUUGCAUUCAGUUCUGAGCCCCUCAGUGAAAGGAAGAUGGCGAUGAACUGGAGGGAGUGAAGUACCAUAAUGAUUAGAGUCAAAAUAAAAAUACUGUAUAGCUUGGCCAAGAGAGAGGAACGUCAGGCUGUAAACACCAAGGAAGGAGAAUAAUUAUUUAGGCUUCUACAAGAGGUAUACUUAGGAGUAGGGACAUAAAAAUAAAAAACAUUUGAAUGUCAGGAAAAGCUUCCUGAAAGCACAGUCUGUUAAACUGUGGGUUAAACUUUCCCAUAGGAAUUGUGGAAGCCCCAUCCCUGUAGCCAUUUUAAACUAGCCUGGGCACAGCCAAAGGAAGUCUAGUGUUGUGAACAAUUCAGCACUGGCAGGGGGGUGAACCAUGUGACUAGGUGUGACGUUCUGUACCUCAAAGUAGCACCCUGGAGCCCCAUAUUCACUACUAUGAGAUGAUUAGGAUGUGUUUCAUACCGAGGAUGCCUUGGGAGGUAUCAUUUUAAAAGUCUUAAUCUGUUGAAUAUUAAUCUCCUGUUGGAUUGUGUGUGCUAUCAUUAUAUGUGAAGUUAUGAAGUAUUGCUAUAUGUUGUGAGGUUGAGCACACACACAACUAGCCUUUCAGUUACAACAAAGGAGACGCCAUCAAUAGCCAGACAGCAAUAAUAGCUCAUCAACACACAAUUCAAUAUCCCAGAGACUUCUCCGAGAAGGCACGUACACCACGUAACCCACAUCACAGCAAAGAUCUUUCCAGCAAGCUGGAAGAAAGCGUAGAAGAGAGGCAGUGACAUCAUCAUCACUUGACCUUUCUUCCCCCACAACUCAACACCUGGAAGAACGUCUGGCAGACAAAGACUUUGAACUGGGGAACUUUGGUCCCAGGUUGGAAGGUAAUCCCAGCCUCUGUAACGAGGAACUGCAACCUGCUUGGACCAUCUGUCAGGGUGAGAAAAGCUGUUUGUUUCAACUCUUGCUUAGACUAAAAGUUUAGGAUUUUGAAUGCGUGUU